AUGUCAUUCCGGGAGAUAUCUUCAUUCUUGCUCCCACUGCACACGGAUACUGUUGAAUUCGCACCAUCUCACUCCAAAUUGCUCUGUGGAUCUUAUGAACUUGAUCCGGAAUCUCGAAAAAUCUCAGGAGGUAUUACAAUCUUCAUUGUAACUGGAGAAACGGUUGAACUUCUGAAGCAACAUGAAACUGCCGGAGUCCUGGACUUAUCUUGGUUGGACGAUAAUGUCUGCUUUGCAGCGCUUUCUACAGGUGAAAUUUGUCGAAUUAACCUUGUGGAUGGCCCUGACAAUCUUAAGAUGUCAACAUACCCCCUCUGCUCAAGCCUCCUCCUCUCUGUUGACGUACUGGAUAGCAGAGCCAUUGUCUCCGCUGCGGACGGCAGUCUUUUCCUAUUUGACAUUGGAAAGUCAUGCACGACUACCUCCUGUCGGGCUCACGAUUACGAGGCAUGGACUGCGGCUUUUCACAGGAUGAAUGGCAACCUCGUUCUUUCAGGAGGUGACGACUGUCUCGCCCGUGUGUGGGACAUCCGAGAUGGACUUGAGAAACCUAUCUUCUCUCAAAGUCGCAACGUCUCUUUCAAGUACCUCGCCAUACAUGCUAAAGUGGUUCUGGAAGCCGACGGUGUCUGA